AUCCUCCAGGGAGACCACCAUGCUUUGGAACAGCAGCUUGACCUUCUGGGUGAACAGCUCACCAGUGCCAUUUCACAGGCAGCCUCUGCUUCUAUCCCUCUUACCAGACUUGGGCCCAAGUCAAAGCCAUGGUGGGAUCACAACCUUCACUCUCUGAGAACUGAUAUGCUGCACAAACAGCGUGUUUUCCAGAGAAACAUGGCGGUCACCUCCAUUGCAGAGGCCUUCCUGUGGAAGAAAGACUAUCUCCUGGCCAGGAACACCUACUUCCAAGCAAUCAAGACAGCAAAGCACACCCACUGGAACCAGUUCUUGGAGAAGGAGGACCCCAAGUCCAUCUUCAAGGCCAUGUCAUACACCAAACCCUCCAGCAGCCAGCAGAUACCUCUCAUC